AUGGGUCCGUUAGAAGCUGAGACGGGUCAAGUAGCAGAUGGUGGUGGGGAGAUGAGUGGUAUUUUUGAUAAAUGUUUUGUAUCUGUAUUUGCUGGGGAGGAGCUUGACAGUGUGCCUUCGGCCGAGCGGGUCUGUGUGGGUGGGGACGGGGACGGGUUGACGAGUUUGGCGGUUGCCAGGGAGGAUGUUCUUAGGCAAGUGGUGGGGCUCGGGCCAGGCAGGUCCCCGGGGCCGGAUGGAGUGUUUGCCGGGGUGCUUGGGGAGUGCGGGGGGGAGCUUUGUGGCCCACUGUCAACCAUGUUUGAUGAAUCAAUGGAGUCGGGCGGGGUGCCAGAGUUUUGGGGGGUUGCUGGUGUGAUGCCGGUUUUUGGGAGGGGAGAUGGAUCGCUUGCGUCUAGCUAUCGACCAGUUGGCCUGGCGUCUGUUGUGGGAGGGUUGCUCGAGUCUGUGAUGGCAGAUGGAGUUCGUCUUCAUCUUGAAAAACAUAAAUUGAUGGUUGAGUCGCAGCAUGGUUUUGUGGAUGGCCGUUCGUGUUUGACAAGUUUGUUGUCUUUUUGUUCUAGCAUUGUUGAGGCGGUUGAUGGUGGUGGGGGUUGCGAUGUUGUGUGCCUUGACUUUGGCAGAGCUUUUGAUGCAGUGCCACAUGGGGGACUGGUUGGGGAGAUGGAGUCUCGUGGUGUUGGGGGUGCUAUAUUGGGCUGGAUUGGGGCAUGGCUGUGCCGGGGGAAACAGAGAGUUG